AUGGCAGCGGGGCGCGGGGAGGAGGUCGGGGACAACGGCGACGUGGAGGAGGCAGUCCGGACGGGCGCUAGCGGGCGCGCGGGUGCGGACGCCCGGACUAGGCACGGCCAGUCGGGGCAACGGCGAGGGGCGACGGCGGCGCGGCGCAGGCGUGGGAGCGGCAAGGCCACGACGGGGCGAGGAUGUGGUGAUGCGGGCGGUGUCGGGAGGCCGGGACGGUGCGUCAGGGCGGACGAGGCGAGGCCGGGGCGCAGGCAGGGCGGCGUGCCUGCAGGGGAGCAGUGGGCGACGGAGGUGAGGAGCGACGCGAGCAGGGCAAGCAACGGCGGCGGCGGGUGGAGCUGGCGAGGCACGGGCGCGCAGGUCGCGGGGCCAGGCGCGCAUGCGCGACAGCAGGUAAAGCCAAGCAGCAGCAGGGGCGGCGGCCGAACGAGCCACGGCGAAAGCGCGCGGCGUGCAGGCGCGAGGGAGAGAGGAGGGGAAGGGGCGCUCACGGUGGCCGUAGGAUAA